AUGGCGCCCCCCAUUUUCAACCGUUUAAGAGCCAGGCUCGCCGGUACUCCCCCAAAGACAGAUGGUGCAGUUACCGAGGAACAGGCUGCAAAAGAUCGAGAAGUUCUGCAAAAGGCCAUUGGCGAUGCAGUUGCCGCCGCCCUCAACAACGAAGACUUUACCAAGGCCGUUGCCGGCCAUUUGGCUGUGCAGCUUCAGCCUUCCCUCAAAGCGGCCCUUGAUACAUCGACAGUCGAAACGACACUUCUAGCAUCAAAUGAGCAGCUAUCCCGCGGUUUUGAUGAAAACAACACUCAGACAACUUCCAGGCUCUCCGAGCUCUUGGCCUUGAUUAACACCAACAACGCCAGCACAACAGGGAAGAUAUCUACUCUCGAGGAAGCCGUCUCACAGAUCACCACAUCAUUAGCGGGCUUGAGCAACUCUCUCAAGUCCGUCCAAGAGCAAAUUGCGUCUCCAGACACCUCUAUUCUUACCUCCCACACUGCUGCCCUCGACAAGAUCUCUACCGAGCUCUCUACUCUCCAAGAACAGGGCCCAGCUCCCGUCGUUUCAGCCAUCUCUACCCACACCUCGAAGCUCGAUGCCAUUGCUGCCGACUUGGCUGCGGUCAAGGAGAACGCAGAAACUGCCGCGGCACUGAAGGCCGUCUCAUCCGACCUCGCUGCCAUAAAGACCGAUAUUGAAACUGGCUCGUCAUCCAGCAAGAGCGAUGUCUCCAACCUGAGCACGCAACUUGGCUCCAUCAUUACAACCCUCGAGGCGCAAACCAGCGCCCUCUCUGAAAUCAAGAGUGCCGAUGCUAGUGGGGAGGUCUUGGCCGGUGUCAAGACUGCCAAUGAGUCGCAUGCUGCACAUGCCAACUCUCUAUCUGAGCUUAGGGCGGCAACGGAGGCCACCAACCCUUCCCUCGCUGAUCUGAAGACUCAAGUUGCCAGCAUUGCCAGUAUUGUGUCAGAGAUUAAGAGCUCGAAUAUCAGUUCUGAAAUACUUGCAGCAGUCAAGGAAUCUGGAGAGUCACAGGCUGGCCUAUCCGCAAGCGUGUCUGAUAUCAAGUCAUCCAACGAGUCUUAUUCUGCCGUCCUUACUGAAAUCAAGUCUGCUGUUACCGCUCCUGCACCUGUAGCCGAGAAGACCGAUCUUACUCCUGUGGAGACGUCCCUCAAGACUAUCAUCACUACACUCGAUACACAAAACAGCACUCUCUCUGAAAUUAAAACUGCUGCUACAAGCACUGAUAUUUCCGCUACUCUGGCAACUCACGGCUCAACAUUAGCCGAGAUCAAAGACUCUAAGUCGUCCGCUGAACUUUUGGCUGGCAUCGAGGCUAUCAAGACAGAUCUUGGUCAAUCCAAGGCCCAACUCGACAAGCUUAGCACCGAAGAAAUUCUUGGAGAAGUCAAGUCUGUCAAGUCCCUCAUCGAGGCUAUUCCUGCACCAGCAACUAGCAAGGACGAUGAGAUUCUUGCCAAGGUUGAAUCCGUGAAAGGCCUAGUCGAAGCUAUCCCUGCUCCCACACCGAUCACCUUCAAAGAUGAUGAGAUCCUAACUGAGAUUGCCUCUGUCAAGACUCUUAUUGGGGCUAUUCCUGCGCCUGCUACGGUCACGGUCAAGGACGAUGAAAUCUUGGAGGAAGUCAAGUCUGUGAAGGCGCUUGUUGGAACCCCUGUGGCAAACAAGGAUGACGAGAUACUCACCGAGAUUAAGGCCGUUCAGGUCCUGAUCGCAAAGAGGGAUACAAAGGCAGCAGAAGUUGGAGAUAAUGAUAAAGGCGUGGAAGUUCCGGAAGCUAAGAAGGUAGAGGCCAAUGGUACCAAGGUCGAAGCGGCGGAAGUUGACACCUCAGCCUAA